AAUGCCAAAUUCUCCGUCCAAAAUUAACGAAUCAACAACAUCAAAUCAACAACAAAUUCCAAAUAAAAUUAAUUUUUCUCCUUUGAAUGAGGAAAAUGAAAGAAUUACAAAUUCUUUAUCCCCUCCAGAAAAUAAUAAAAAUAUUAUUUUAAAUAAUAAUUCUGGUACAUCUCCUCCACAUUUAAAAGAAGAAGAAGACUCUUCUCCCCCUCCACAUUUGAUAGCCAUAGCUUCUUCAUCCAGAACCUCAACAGAAGCUAUCGAACAACAACAACAAAAUAAUUCUUUAGAAGAAACCUUCCUUCCUUCUUCCUCUUCAUCAAAUAAAAAUUCUUUUAACCUUCCAAACUCACAAAUAAUUAAUAAUUUUAAUGAAUCUACAACAACAACUGCUUUUAUGUUACUUCAACAGCUUGUGGCUGCCCAACAACAACAACAAGUAAAUACCUAA